AUGUACACACUCUCGCUCCUUACUACCCUCACGAUCACGCUCUCCCUCCUGGGCACAAGUAUGGCUGUUCCAGCGGUGAUGGAGAAGCCGCUCGCGGCGCGGAUUAAUGUGGUGGGUUCUCCCGUGGGCCCUUCGGUUAUUGGGAGCGUGGUUGCCGAAUGGCGCGGCUUGUGCAAAGGACGGGAGUCUGGGGAUCUGUCAGAGUAA